AUGGAUGAUUCUUCAUCUGAUGGAUAUGCGGACGAGGAGGAAAUAUUUAGGAGUUUUGAUGAAGAAGCCAAAGUUAUUGUCGUAAUGAUAUUUGGAAGUUGUGGUUGCCUACGUUGCGAUGAAAUCACCAACCUUACGGUCGAAGAUGUGGAAGACUUGGACAAUAAUCGUUUUCUGGUAUUGAUUGGAAAAAACAAGAAUGAUUAUGCGGGGCAACUCCUCACUGGCAGUCUCUUCUACGACACUGUUAAAAAGUAUAUCUCACUGAGACCACCCGAAAAAUUCAGCAACAGAUUUUUCAUUCAGUAUAGAGAAGGAAAAUGUAUUCGCCAAGUGAUUGGGAGACAUACAAUAGGACAAAUAACAGAGAAGAUUGCUUCUUAUCUCCAACUACCAGAUGCCAAGAGACAUACUGGCUACUGCUCUCGCAGGACCUCAGCGACACUCCUUUCCGAUUCUGGUGCAAACAUACAAGUGAUUAAACAGCUGGGGAGAUGGCGUUCUGAUAUAAUUGCAUAA